UAUCAAACCAAAGGAUAUGCCAAAUGUCAUGAGGAAUGGAUCAAAAAGUACGGCCGAAUUGUUGGCUAUUAUUUGGGAGGAAAGCCGUUUAUUCUGAUCGCAGACCCGGAACUGUUAAAAGUGAUUCAAAUCAAAGAAUUCCAUCAGUUCUCGAAGAGACAACUUUUGUUGGACAGCACGGGUCUCAAUGCAAACCCACGCUUAAGCCAUAGUCUGAUUGCUUGCGAAGACAGUCGUUGGAGGGAAAUGCGAUCCACUCUUUCGCCAACUUUUAGCGGAUCUAAACUCAAACAAAUGACUCCUAUUAUGGAGUCCGCUAUCAAUCAGUUUAUCUCAAGAGUCACUGAACACCAGAAACAAGACAAAGAGAUGGAUAUUUAUGAACUGGUCCAGGGCUUGACUAUGGAUACAAUCGCUAAAACGGGGUUUGGAUUUGAGUCCGGAUCACAAACGGAGACCGAAAACAAAGUGAUUCAUGCCGUCAAAGAAACUUUUAAUGUAAAAGUCUCUCAAUUCUUACUAUUCUUAUGGCUUUCAUUCCCCGAAUUGAGAAUAUUUAUUAAUCCUUUGCGAAGAUUUGUGGAACAGAUUAAAGACUAUUUCGGUCAUUCAUACCAUGGAUUCCUUCUUAAAAUUAGUGAUCAAUUGAUUAAACAAAGACGAGAUCAGAAGAAUAAUAGAAGAGAUUUGUUACAAAUGAUGAUUGAGUCCGAGGGCACUGAAGUGCUCUCUAAUGACAAACUAUCCAUCAGUAGUGAUAUGAAUGACGACACUGUCGUUGAAACCAAGAUUAGGAUCAAUAAGAAGGCGAAGAUGACCGACGAUGAGAUCGCCGCCAAUUCUGUGCUGUUCUUCGAAGCGGGUUAUGAGACGACGAGCACUGCUUUGGGAUAUAUAAUGCAUGUCCUCAUCAAUAAUGAGGACAUCCAGGAGAAGGUGAGACAAGAAGUUCAAGAGUUAUUACAAUCGGAUGGAAAACUGGAUUACAAUACAGUCACCAAAUUAAAGUAUAUGGAGUCUGUUAUCUAUGAGACAAUGCGAAUAUUCCCUCCGGUUACCACUUUUAUAUCACGACAAUCCAAGAAUGACUUCCCAUAUAAAGGUCUAACACUUCCAAAAUGUGUUGAUCUUCGAGUUCCCCUCUAUUUCCUCCACAAGGAUCCAGAACUCUGGUCCGAUCCUGAAGUGUUUGAUCCGCAGAGGUUUUCAGAAGAAAAUAAGCAUUUAAUAAAUCCAGUGGUUUGGCAGCCAUUUGGUGUGGGCCCUCGAAACUGCAUCGGAAUGAGAUUUGCUUUGCUUGAGAUUAAACUGACCCUGUCUAAAUUGCUAAACAAAUAUAAAUUCAUUGCAUCAAAGAAUACAGAAUUGGGAGACAUUGAGAGGGAAUUCAAGACUAUUUCAAUGACUCCUAGAAAAGGUGUCUUUACUAAAGCCGUUCUCAUU